AUGGCACCCGAGUGGCCGUACGCAUCCGAGCUGAAGGCCAUCGCCGACGAACCAGCGGAGAACCUGCCGCCGCCGCCCCUGGCGCCGCCCCCGCCCGCGCCGCCUGCGCCGCUCGCGGAGCCCCCUGCCGCAGAUCCGGCGGCGGCGGCGGCGGCGUGGGAAGGCCCAGGCGCCGACGAGGCCGAGAGCGCCGCGGAGCCCUCCGAAGCGAACAGCCCUCUGGCGCGGAAGGGCGAGGAGCUCGAGCGGUGCCCCUCGGUGGGCUCCGUUGCCACGACCCCGACGGACGAGGCGCUGGCACACCGCAGCUUCUCCGACGAUUCCAUGGAGUCGGGCAGAACCGAGGUGAUGGGCAGGAGCCUGUCCGUGGACUCCGUCGGGUCGGCGGGGGUGGAGGUUACAGGUGCGCGGGAAUACGUGUACGAGCCGUCCGCCGACGAGGUCUUUGACAGCGUCUGGGCGAAGGCGGUCAAGGGCAAGGCCAACGUGCUCGACGAGAGCUUCUCCGACGCCUCUGCCGAGGGCGACGCGCCUCGCGCUGCGCCGCCGUCCGUGGGGCCCUCCGCGGCGCCGCCCCCCCCCCCGCCUGGCCCCGCGGGGCCGGCUGGCGCCUGCGAGCCGGAGCAGCCGAUGGGCGCGCCAGGAGAGCCGCUGCCGCCGCCCGCCAUCAGGGGCAGCGUGUUCCUGAUGCCCGCCCAGGGCGUGGACCUAGAUCCGGCUGUGGCAGCGGCUUCGCUCUGGGAGUACUCCCUGCAGCCGCAGCACCAGCAGUUCGCGCCCUUGCCGCAGCCGUUCCAGCACCUGCAGCACCAGGCGUACGGCUUACACCAGCAGCCUCCGCAGUCUCUCCACCAGGACUCCCAGCCGCUUGCUUGCUUCCCUCCGACCUACCAGCAGCCGCACUGCGAGCCGCAGGGCUGGUGCUCACAGCAGCCCUGCCAUCAGCAGACCUUCCAGCAGCAGCCGCUUCAUCCGCAGUCCUUCCACCAGCCCUUCCACGUGGCUGCGCCGCAGCAGCCUUGCCUGCCGCACCUGCAGCCGCCCGCCGCCACGAUGGUCGUGCGGGCAUGCGGUGCUCUGGCGGCCCAGCCGGCGCAGCCGGCGCCGCCGGCACCGCUCGACGAGCACGAGGUGGUGGCGGCCGUCGAGACGCUCUACGCGGACUUGCUGAAGCCGUACGGCCGUAUCCUGCGCAAGCGGCUCGAGGAGCGCGCCGUGGCCGCGGGGAGGCAGGCACACGAGUGCGACGCAUCCGCCCUGAGGGCGAUCUGCGAGUCCUGCUGCGUCCUGCUCGUGGAGGGCGAGGCGGGCGGCGACUGGUCCGUGCUGCUGCGCGACCGCCAGGACUCCUUCGUGGACGUGUACAGCCCAGACGAUGUAUACCCCGCCAGCCUCUGGAGCGCCAUCGGGCGCUAUCUCGAGGGCCCCGAGGGUGCUGCCCUGAAGCUGGCGGGUGGGCGAUACUCCUGCGCACAGGACCUCGUGGCGAGGCGGCUGCCCUUCCUGGCCGGGCUGCCCUUGGGGCAGGUCUGCCACCUCGUCCAGCUCGCCAUCUCUCAGAAGAAGCUGCUGGGCUACUUCGACGGCGCCGUGGUGCCGUACUGGCGGUCGCAGUCGAUGCUUAAGCAGAGGUGCGCGGAGCGCGAGUGCGCCAGCGGCACGACCGCCAAGGGGGCCGGCCUUGGCACUUGGGACAUGCUGCGCAGCUUCUUGGAGGGCGCCCUGAGCGACCUCGACUCCGAGGACUUCAUUCCCCUCUCGAACUUCAAGCGCCUCUUCAAGCAGAGGCACGGCACCGAGCUCAGCGAGACCGCCCUGGGCCACGCGAAGCUCUCCGAGCUGCUGCGCGACCCCCGCGUGAGCGACCUGUGCACCGUGCGGCUGCGCAACCACGGCUACGCCGUCUUCCCGAGCCAGCGCCCGGGCGCGCCCGCCGCGCCGCCGAAGCCGAUCUGCCUGGCCGACAGCCUGCUCGGCGAGGGCCCGGGCGCUGGCGCACCGCCGGGCAGCGCCCCGGCGCGGCGGAGGCCCGCCGCGCUGUCGGACGACGAGGGCGCCAGCCCGAGCGGCGCGCGCUCGCCGUGGCCGCCCAGCGGGCCCGGCGAGGGCCCCGAGGUGGUCUUCCCCCCGACGCCGGAGGGCGAGACGCCGCACUGGCGCGGGGGCCUCGGCCUGAGCCUGCCGCUGCCGACGCUGCUGGCGAGCCGGGCCCGCCUCCCCGCGGCAGCGGCGGCCGCCGAGAAGCCGGAGAAGCCGUCGAUCUGGGACGUGCCGCUGCUGACGCCGCUGACCAUGAGCCGCCUGAGGAGCUCGGAGCAGAGGACGUUCAUCCACGUGGCGGGCGGGCCAGCGACGCCGCAGGCGGGGUCCUCCAGCCGCUCGUCGUCGGUGCCCAGGGACAUCCACUGA